GGCCAGGCUAUAUUUCUCUGGGAGCUAGGAAAAAUUACACUUUGUGUAUUAAAAUCUCAGUGUACAUUAGACUGAGUUUCCAACCAUUUAUUAUAGUCAAAUAGAUUCUCCCAAAUCCCCAAUUGUAAUUGUGUGGUACCAUCGACUCCAGUACACUAGAUGGCGUCUUAUGAAUAGUUUACAGUGAACUUGAGAAGUCAUGUGAUUAGAAGAAGCUGUGCGGGAUAAACAAAUGGAAGCAUGGAAACGAUUCUAGAGGACAGCAUGACAAUACCUUUUGGGGAAAAACAUCUAGUUGCUGUGUUGAGUAUCCCAGCCAAUGCCAGUGAUGUGCAGACCGCUGUUAUUCUGACGCACGGGGCUGGUGGGGACAUGAACUUCAAGCAUUUGGUUUCUCUUGCUCAUGCACUUUCAUCGAAUGGCCUGCUAUGUCUUCGCUUCACGUGUAAAGGUCUAAACCUGGUUUACAGAGUGAAGGCUUACCAUGCCGUUUGGGAAUACUUGAAAAAUCUUGAGAAAUUCACAAUAAGAAACAUAUUUCUUGGUGGCCGUUCUAUGGGGUCUCGUGCUGCAUCUGCCCUGGCCAGGCAGCUCAGUGGUGGGUCAGAGGAUGCAUUGCAGGGACUGGUCUGUCUGUCCUUUCCCCUACACCCUCCAGGACUGACACACACCCAUCGACAGCGGAGUGAGGACCUCAGGGCGCUGCCCAAGGCGGUGCCUGUACUGUUUCUGUCUGGUACUGCAGACAACAUGUGUGACAAGAUCCUUCUAGAUGACGUGUUAAAGGAGAUGAAGUCUCCAGCGACUGUUCACUGGAUUGAAGGAGGUAGCCAUGGGCUUAUAGUGAAGGGAAGGGCUGAGGAGUCUGUGCUGGAUGAAGUCAACUCACAUGUCGUAUCGUGGAUUUUGGAACAUACUUGAACCUUCUUACAAUGCUCAAGUUUUUUUUAAAGUUUUUUUGUUUUAGCUCCACACAUUCUGUAUAAUUUUGUCAUUUGGUUUGAUGAAUUCAUGUGUUUGUGUUGGUGUAUUUAUGAUGUGGAUUAAAUCUAUACUUUUAUAAUACCA